AUGUCGGGCAACGGCAGCCCUUCAGGAGUGCGUGACAUUGCACGGAAGCAGCUGGAGCCCGGAUUCGCCGCAGCGCAUCCCUUAUCGUUUAAAGCUUAUUGUAAAGAGCUCGAGAAGCAUAUUUCACUCUAUCCUCAUGAUAUCAACUUUCGCGUAACACUGAAGCCAGGCCGCGACUUGGGCGCCACUACGUGCUUGGAAGCGGGCUGUGGAAAUGCCCAGACACCCCUUAUAGAGAAUAUCAGCUCCCCGAAGCGUGGCAGAGAGCUCGGUGUUGGAUCACUGUCAGCCUACAGGGCGCAUAUAGCGUCAAGCGUUGCACACCGAGAUGCAAGGGAUGCACGUGUGCGGUCCGGACACGUUGGUACGAAACUUGAAGUUGACAACGUUGACAGCCACAGCACUCCGAACAGUGCACCGCAUAUGCCGGAUUCUCGGCGCCCCGCGCUGCUUGACGGGCUCGACGGCAGGACUCCAGGCACUUUAAGCUCUGCGCCACACGCAGGCACUGGCACCGCUCGGGCACGCCAGCUACUCGCUCGAUCGUCCAGCGUGUCGCAUUCAUCUCCGGUCAAAUCAGAACCUAUGGAUACCGUCAUUCCUAGGAAGAGGUCGUCCGAUGUUCCAUCUCGGGACAUCAAGAAGGAAGGACCCUUGACGGAAACGCUCCCCACGUUGUCUACACCCGCUGCAAAGAGGCUCAAGAGUGAGACAUAUAGCAGCCCAAAAACGCCGCUUGGGCUGGCGAACCGCGCGCCCUCCUUCUCAGACUUAAUCACGGGCCACUCCUUCGAGGCCGCCAUGAAUGACGACGACAUCGCAGAAGUCCGGAGAAAAAUUGGCGAAAUUCAAUCGCAGAUGUCUUCCGCUCAAGCGAUGCAUGACAAGGCUCAGCGUAAACCCAACAAGUCUAAGGCAGACACGGCUCGUAUCGACAGAUUGAAAAAGCACGUCGAUGAGCUAACCUCGCAGAAAGCGCGCUACGCGGCAAUGAUCCCGACUGUGAGCCCCAGUCCUCGUAAACCUACUAUCCCACGGUAUCACACACAAAGCGCACCAUCUGGAUCAGAUGUGCAACUUCCCCCAGCAUUCUACAACCCUACGUUUUACAAUCCCGGCUCACAGAACGGCGCGUUGCAGAAUCAAGCAUUCCAUAAUCUUGCGUUCGAUCAGCAGAACCUAUUUGUCUCCAGUGCUCUCUGGGAUUCGCAUCCCGCAAUUGCCUCUGGUUCCAACGUCAAGGUCGAAGUGCAAACUCAUGCGGUGAAGCCGGAGCUGAACGACCCAGACCUUGCUUUCGACUUCCAAAAGAUCAACGCUGGCAUACCCGGGAUGCGAGCACCUGUUAGCGACGACGAAAGAUUUGAUGAUGACGGAGACUUCUAUGGCCGCGGCAAGGACAUGUUCGCGGGCCCUAUCGCUAAAGCAGACGACAUCGAGAAGUUCUUGGUCUCAGCUGGAAAUGCUGAGCAGUUUGAUAGCAACGCGAGCGUUGAGAAGGCACUCGUGAAGCUCGGUCUGCCUGCGCUGUACCACCCCUUGCCUGGUAUGGAAGUCGCACUGAUGCCCCACCAAGCCAUCGGUGUCGCCUGGAUGCUGGAGAAGGAAAAGAGCCACGCGAAAGGCGGGUGCAUGGCAGAUGAGAUGGGGCUCGGAAAGACUGUUCAAAUGAUUGCUGUCGUUGCCCGUAAUCGCUCGCAAGACCCACUGAAGAAGACUACCCUCAUUAUCGCUCCAUUGGCACUCCUUGACCAGUGGCAGCUCGAGAUUGAUAUGAAGACGAACGUCGGAUUCCAGUGCCUUAUCUACCAUGGUAAUAACAAGCCUCGCAAUCCCCAGGAGCUGAGGAAGUAUGACGUAGUUUUGACAACAUUCCAGACUCUUGCGCACGAAUGGCCCGAUGACGAAGCUGAAGAGAAGGAGAAAGCUAAGAAGAAGCGGAAGAAAGUAAAGAUGGACGGCUUCAUUGUCGACGAUUCUGAGGACGAGAAGCCACUCAAGAGGAAGGGCCGCAAGACCGACGGUCCGCUCAUGCUUGUAGAGUGGUAUCGAGUUGUCCUUGACGAAGCUCAAAAUGUCAGGAACAGGCGAACUAGAGUCUCUCGUGCUGUCAGCAAGCUCCAGGCUACGUAUCGCUGGUGCCUAACUGGCACGCCCAUUAUCAACGGCCUGGCUGACGCAUACGGCCUUCUCCGCUUCUUGCAAUACCGCCCAUGGUACGACUGGUCUGAGUUCAACUCGCAUAUCUCUAGGCUUGAAAAGAAACGCCCUGAGCUGGCGACACAGAGGCUGCAAGCUAUUUUUGCUGCUAUGCUCUUGCGGCGCAAGAAGGAUUCUUUGCUUGACGGCAAGCGUCUCAUUGAGCUGCCCACCAAGGAGGUUGUCCUACAGAUGCUUGAGUUCACUAAAGAAGAACGCGAGAUUUAUCAGAUGGCACGUAGAGCAAUCUUCAAUAAGUUCCUCAGGGCUGGUACUGUCUUGAAGAACUAUCAUCAAGUGCUUGUCUUGCUCCUCCGCCUUCGACAGAUCUGCUCUCACCCGUCGCUCAUCCAAGAGGAAGGUGUCGCGUUUGUCGCCAAUGACGAUGAGGAGACCGGUGCAAAGUACACGGAACUUGUUCGCGCUGAGCGUAUCAUGGGCGCUGAGUUCGUUAGUCGCAUGCAAGCGAAGUUCAAACAAGCUAUGCUUGACCGCAUGGCGGCAGAGAAGGCAUCGGCAGAUGCAACCCUGGAGGGCGAUGACUUUGAGUGCCCAGUAUGUUUCGACGGUUACACGGACCCCAUCAUCACAGCCUGUGGCCAUUCUUUCUGUCGCGAUUGCAUUACGAACGUGCUGAACGGCGCGCAACGCGAAGACGCUGCAGAACCAACGCGCUACAAAAUGGAUGAACGACCCUGUCCCACCUGCCGCAGUCCUAUCUCCGCUGACAAGAUCUUCGCUCGCACUGCGUUCGAACCCUCGGAUGAACAGCUUUCCGCAGAGAAGGAGGAGCCUGUGGAGACUCAAAUCGCCGGAGACACCAUCAUGGUCGAUGUGAAGGCCGAGGGAGGUGUCAAAUCCGCAAAGGCUGGGCGUGUUGUGCGCAAGCGCAGAGCGCAUUCCAGGCGCGUUCUAGACUCUGAUGAAGACGUCGAUGACGACGAGAUGAGCGACUUCAUUGUGGAAAGCGACGAGGAUGAGGAGAAGGACGCGCGGCGGGAACUGAAGAAACGCCUCAAGGGCAAGCGGCGAGCGAUUGUGCUCUCGGACGAUGAGGACGAGGAUGUUAUCUUUGGUACGAAGCAGGGCAAACCGGAGGCUGUCGCUGGUGAACAGCCUAUCAGGCUUAUGGCGAAAUUUUUGCCCUCGACAAAGAUGAAGCACAUGAUGGAGUUGCUCAAGCAGUGCGCUCAGGAUCAUCCGGAUGAGAAGACCCUCAUUGUCUCGCAGUGGACCCAGUGCCUGCAACUCGUCUCCAAUUACCUGACGGAGAACGAGAUUGCUCAUGUCAAAUAUCAAGGCAACAUGAAUCGCGCCAUGCGAGACAGGGCUGUUCGGGCAUUCAUGUCCAAGGACAAGGCGACCGUCAUGCUUAUGAGUCUCAAGUGUGGGGGUGUCGGACUGAAUCUCACCCGCGCAAACUGGGUCAUCAAUUUGGACCUUGGCUGGAGUUUGGCAAUCGAGCAGCAGGCCUACGACCGAGUCCACCGUCUUGGCCAGACACGCCCCGUCUACGUGCACCGUCUUGUGACCUCGAACACCGUUGAGGACCGGAUUCUCGCCCUUCAGGAGCGUAAGAAGGAUCUUGCUGAUGGCAGUCUCGGCGAAGGUACUGGCAAGAAGCUUGGCAGACUCAGCGUGAAGGAGCUCGCAAACUUAUUCGGUUUGGACCACCGUGGACAUCUGCUCUGACGGACCUCCUCCUUAUACCCUUACCUUACCGCGUAACCCGCCUUCGCUAGUCGUAGAAUUAUUCAGUAAAGCAGUAUAUUCAUCGGUAACGUAUUUACUCAUUUCCGUCGUCUAUUCCUGUUAUUUUAUGCGGCACUCAGCGUAUUGUAGUUGUCGCUUUCCCCAUUGUGUUCAAAUCGUACUUUGAGCUUUUGUUCUAUGUAACUCGAAGAAUGAUAUUGGACCCUUUGAACGUUACAAAUCUGUCUCUUUUAUGUCUGGCGUCCAGCUUUGUACCCGCGUGCCCUUCCACCACAGCCCUAAACGCCCCUCGCUAGACGAAUGCGCCUGAUGUUCCCACCGUGCCUCGAAUUGCCCACGUAACACGCCGUUCCUGGAAGCAAGUGCGGGAUUGAAGGCGAUGAAGCCCAUUGACCCCUCUAACGUCUCUUCAGAUGUGGAGUCCGCUGUUUCUACCUCUUUCGGGUCAUGUUCUGGGAGGUGCAUUAGGACAAGCGGUAGGGGCGAAGAGUGGGCGUGGAGAGCCGCCGAUUUUGAGAAUGGGGACGAGGAUACCACGAGCCCUACCGCCGGAUAGGCAUUGCCAGGUCCUUGAGGAAUGUUUUCUGCAGAAGCAGAGGGAAACAGCGACGUAUAACGAAGGAGAACGCCCUCCAUCUCGCGGAUGUACUUGGGACUCAGCUUCUUCGCCUCUGCUUUGCACUGAGCGAGGACACGAAGGCGUCGGUGUCCGGGUAUGCCGCUUUGCCUAUGCAGGGAAGUAUCGUCUGUUGGGAGCCACCACCAGCCCUGUAGGUCGAUGCCGCCGUCAGCCUUGCCACCGACGCGGCGGAGGGACAUGGACAGACAGUCCUGUAGGAGUCGCAUGGAGCGUUCCUCGAACGCUAUGCCUCGGUGCACCGCGGAGAGUGCCAUCUUGCGCGAAAAUAUGAGCGUAGACCCAUGCAGUACCAUACACCUAAGGUGCAGAGCCCGGCUGGCAGAGGAGUUGGUGGGCAAGAGUCAGACGGAGGAGCAAGUUGAAGUCGGAAGGCGCCUUAUUAGGCGCCUAAUGAUCCGCCAUCUUUGUGGCGA